AUGAAGCACCACGUUCAUGAAGUUGGAGGAACUGGUACAGAUAUUGAAACCAUCAAGGAAGUUGCGGAUAAGAUUCAUUGGUUCAUGGGGAAGAAGGAAGACACGAUUCCUGCAUUGUGGGACAUAGAAAAUUCAGGUCUGUCUGCGUCACGAGACAAACUCAUCGUUCUAGAUAACCAUGCAGCACCACGUUCAAGCUUACGUUGGCUUAGGUUAGACGUUAACAGCUGGAACGUUGGGCACUGGAAUGUUAGCAACUUGAUCAGUAUCAACCAUUUGGAUUUCAACCAUGGAAAGAAAAAAAAAUUCGAGAGAGAGAAAGUAGGGAAGAAAUAUGAAAACUUUGAACAGUGA